AUGCAAUGUUUAGCGAUAAGGAGGAGACUGCACCCAAAGUGGGUUAUGUAUACUACCACGGGUGGAACCAUGUCUUUGUCUGUUCAGCUGUUCGAUCCUCUGGGAAGAAUAAACUUGGGAUGCCAUACGCCAUGUUAAGAUAAAGACGACUGUGUUUAACAUGCUUAAGCGGUUGGACAAAAUCCGGUUCCGGGGCCAGCGGACAGAUGUGUUUCUGGAUCUGGGCGACUCGCCCAACACAUCUGACACUGAAUGUAGCGAAGAGAUUCUGAUGAAGCCUCGGCCCUCACUUGAAAUGAAAGACACUGAAGAACUGCAAGACCCUGCUGGUCCAGGGACACUUACGAUGCCUGCCGCAGCCAUCCAGGACUACCAGAGGGCUGAGACAGAUCGACUCAACGACUUGAAAGGCCACCUGGAAAUUGCCUUACUGGAAAAGCACUUCCUACAGGAAGAGUUGAGAAAACUUCGGGAAGAAACAAACAUAGACACUCUGAAACAGGAUUUGGAGAAGGAGAGAUCGAAGAGGUUGGACUUGGAACAGAAACUGAACUUGGAUGUUCUCAAAAUGGGACCGGAAGAUUCCCCAUCACAGAGACCCAGAGAAACGCCUCCAACUGCCAACGGUACAGACAAGCAGAAGGAGACCAUGUACUCAUGGCUGCAGGCGUGGCUGUACAACCGGUUCGGAGCGUACAUCGGGGACUUCCGUUUCCAGCCGAAGGAGAACACGGUGGAGCCAGAGGAGCCGCUAAGCGCUAAGAGAUUGACUGAAAACAUGAGAAGACUCAAGCGAGGUGCCAAACCUGUCAUAAACUUUAAGAGGAACCUUUUUGCCUUAUCCAGCUGGCAGUCAGUGUAUACGUCAGCCUUCGCAUUCAUUAUCUAUAUGAAUGCAGCGUGGCACGGUUGGGCCAUCCCCAUGUUUAUCUUCCUAGCCAUUCUAAGGUUGUCCUUGAAUUACCUCAUUUCCAGAGGUUGGAGGAUCCAGUGGAGUAUUGUGCCUGGUGUCUCUGAACCUGUGGAACCAUCAAAAGAGGAUCUGACUGUUUCAGAGAAGUUCCAGUUAGUUCUUGAUGUAGCUCAAAAAGCACAGAAUCUUUUUGGAAAGAUGGCAGAUGUCUUGGAGAAAAUAAAGAACCUGUUCAUGUGGGUGCAUCCUGAGAUUACUCGGAAGCUUUACGUUGGUCUAUGGGUGGCCUUGAUCUGCUCCUGUCUCAUCCCCUACAAACUCAUGGGCUUUAUGAUCGGGUUGUAUGCAGGGAUCAAGUUCUUCCUAAUCGACUUCAUGUUUAGGAGCUGUCCCAAGCUAAGGGACAAGUAUGACACACCACACAUAAUCUGGACCAGCCUGCCCACUGACCCCCAGCUGAAGGAGCGCGGGGGUGCGACAUUGUCCAGACGGAUCCAUCCGACGGUAGCUCACGGCAGUCUAGGAACAGCCUUACCAUGUGGUAUCAGUCUAGAGGAACAGACUGGCAGAGCCUACAAUACUAAGAAGGGGGCUUUCCACGAGGUCUUCAAUCUUUCCGGGGAUGAGCGCCCCCUAGCAGUGUGUGAGAAUGGCUGGCGAUGCUGCUUGAUCAACAGGGACAGGAAGAGUCCCACAGACUACAUCCGUAAUGGUGUGCUUUUUGUCACUGAAAAUUACCUUUGCUUUGAAAGCUCAAGCUGCAGGUCAAAUUCCUCUAAAAAGAAUAAAGUCAUCAAACUGAUUGACAUCACUGAUAUUCAGAAGUACAAAGUCUUGUCUGUAUUACCUGGAUCUGGAAUGGGAAUCUCCAUAGCAACACCGUCCACCCAGAAGCCGUUGGUGUUUGGUGCCAUGAUCCACAGGGACGAGGCCUUUGAAGCCAUCUUCACACAGUACACGAAGAAAGUGACCAUGACCACAGCCACCAACCCUGAGACCUAACAUACAAAAAUGGCUGCCUUUACCAGGGAUGUCCUAUACUGACACAGCAAGUUCUCUAUGUAGUACACUGCUUCUGGCCAAUUAGUAUAUCUGCAAGUAUGUUAAGCUAGUGUCCAUGCCAAGGUGGUGGAUUCCUCCACCAAGCCACAUUAGGUUAGUAUGUGAGGAUGGUAUCCACUUGAUCUGAGGCCUGGUCCAUCACUAUAAAGCCCAAGAUCUUUGUAUCCUCUCGCUGAUAACCACAACUUCUCAUUAGGUCUAAGGGACUACAACUGGACCCGCACACCAUCGCAGCCUCCUACUGGUUCGGUCGAGGCUAUUGCAUCUGGGGAAGUACCCUUUUGAGCCAAGAGAGCACACUUGUCUUGAUUUGCUGUUGUUCUGUACUCGGGUAAUAGCUUUUCAAGUCUCUCUCUUUUGUUGUCAGUUUUUCUUUUGUACACGCGUGCGUAGUGUGCACAUGCGCGAGAAUGUGUGCUGCUAAAAAGCCUAUGUGUGUGUGUGUGUGUGUGGUGGGGGGGGUGAUCAUUUUAUGGUCAACACUGUUGUGCUGUUUCAGGAGGGGGCUGGAUCUCUUUGCCUAUCUGACAGGACUGCCUGGCACUCCCAUUUUGUGUAUCACACACAUUGAUGCUCUUUGCUCCACUUAAUGCUCUCCUUCAAUAGGAUGCAUUUGGUUUGAUAUAGAUAUCAUUGGUGGCCUUGGACAGGUCUUAACUCACAUUUUGUAAAGUGCACCAGAAACCACGUUUAUGAAUACCUCGAGCCUUCAUGUUUCUCAGUUAAUGAAAGUGCUUUAGAUAUCAUUUCUGCAAUAGCCUUUAGGUGUAAGUGUUUUAUUUAGCCUUUUUUUCUGAGAGAGGAGGAACGGAACGGGAGUCAUUUAAUGAUGAGCAGCCAAAAGCCUGAAGUUAUUGUAGUCGAUAUCUUUCUCGCACACAUUUUUGUCUCGGCAAAGAAAAGGUAUGGAUUUACAUGUCCAGGUUAAGGAGUUAUGAUGCAUUCAUAAGCACCGCAUAAACAUGACCUAAUGUCAACGUAGUCUUUCUGAAGCCUCAGGGUAUAUUUAUUAUGUAGAACAAUAUGUGUCUUGUUAUGUGUGACAUUCUACAUUACUAAUUGGUUCAGUAAAAACGAUAACUUAUGUAGGUUUUGUGGAAUGUUUAUGAAUGUACUGUAAGUACUUUAUUGGACAGAUUACAUGUAAAGCAAUUCCCAAAAAAUCAAUCUCCAAAAAAGCAGGAGCCUUUUCUACACUUCCUUGUUCCACCACUCUCAAUGCCUGACCUAAUUCUCUCACAGAUUUUAGGCCAGGAUUCAAACCAAUGCAGCACUGCACUUUCUACCGAUUCUGACGUGUAAAUUGCCAUUGGAUCACGCAUCACGAAACCACAUGUUCUUAAAAGUCGAGUGCAGUGCAAUGCUGGUUAUUUGUGUUAGUUUGAAUCCCGGACAAAAAAUGUUGGCAAUAAAGUUUUCUUUUUGGUUUUGACAGCAAACGGGAAUGGGGUUUAUAUUAAAAUGCUAGUAACCUUGUCAAGAGGUUCGGACCUCUUGGUGUAAUGGUUAAGGUGUUGGCUUGAAGGUCGCUGGACCCGGCUUUGAGUGCCGGUCGGGGCUACCCCCUGAAUUUGCUAUAUUGGUGUCAGAAGUGGGAUGGUGUCUGUGAGGCCAUCGGAGAGGCAUGUCCACCUGAGGGACUUGGUAUAGAGAAAGUAUGGGGGGGCACUCUCCCGAAGGAAGGGGGUAAUGUAGCGUCCUUAACCCAACACCUUGCGACCUCGUCAAGAUGUUCGGAGCUCUUGGCGUAACGGUUAAGGUGUUGGCUACAAUAUGUUCUAGUUGAGCACAUGCUAGGGAGGCUAACUGGACAUUUGCUUGAUGCCUUUUAGUCUACACCAAGUAAUUUAGGUAUCUCACUUGCCAAGCCCCUCAAAAAAGUUUGAUCUACUUAAGAAGCACAGAAUGUACUGUAUGUGUACCAAAUUUUUACUUUAUUUCACUGCUUGUCAUUUAGUUAUUUCACCCUAUAUCUGUAAUGUUUACAGAUGUUAGGUUCUGAACUCCACUGCUUUAAGUCAGUUUGAUUCCUUGUAAGACUAUGAGGUCAUGAAGACUGACCGGGUAUGUCUUGUGAUGGAGAACUUCUGAAUGCUGAUAAACCUGAGUGGUCACAUCUCAGCCAAUCAAAGACUUCCCCUGAGUUUAGCCACACUCUUUGCCAGUGGAUGAUGAAUUGAAAGGUGUCAAUUCGUGAAGUCAGUUGCUUCCAAAUCUGUUUGAAUCACCACUCGCUAAACAAUGUCAAUUUAUGGCAUGGCCGUCAACUUGAAGAUGGUACUAUAAUGAGGACUUUCCGUGUGUGUGUCCCAAACCAUCGAAGGUGUUGUAAAAAUGUUUUUUUUCUUUAAAGCCUCGCUAAUCAAUCAUGCCCUUCUUGAUCGAUCAUCCUUUUCGCCGCUUGCUAAUUCCCAGUAUGAUGGUAAUGGCUUCACCAAGUCCUAUGGUAGGUUUUUGUGCAGUUUCUGCCACACUGUAAUGCUCACCUACCAUGUCAUUUCACAAUAGUUAAGGAGGAUCAACACGGGACUGGAUACAUUUUCAGAGGAGGAUGGAUAUUGUCUCUAUGGUUCUGUGUCAGAGGGGCAGAGAUUGUUUCAACCACUGAGGCUUGCCAACUGAAAACUGCAGAAGUAAUCAUGUGGCCUCUGUGUUAAACAAGUACAGGGCCUUCAGAAAGUAUUCAUACCCCUUGAUUUAUUCCACAUUUUGUUGUGUUGCAGCCUGAAUUCAAAAUGGAAUUUAUUUUAUUUUUUUCUCUCACCCAUCUGCACACAAUACCCCAUAAAUGACAAAGUGAAAACAUGUUUUUAGAAAAUGUUGCAAAUGUAUUGAAAUGAAAUGCUGCUUUCCACACCUUGUUUGUGCAACAGUUGGCAAUUUUUAAAAGUUGUUUGUUUACCUAUCUACCAAUAAGUGCCCUUUGCGAGGCAUUUGAAAACCUCCCAGGUCUGAUGUCGAAUCUUUAUUUGAAAUUCACUGCUCGAAUGAGGGACCUGAGGCUUGCCCUAAACAAAGGGUUUGAAUACUUAUUGACCCAAGACAUUUCAGCUUUUCAUUUUUUAUUAAUAUGUAAAAAUGUCUAAAACGUUGACAUUAUGGAGUGUUGUGUGUAGGCCAGUGACAAAUCUAAAUUUGAUCCUUUUUAAAUUCAGGCUGUAACACAACAAAAUGUGGAAAAAGUCUAGGGGUGUGAAUACUUUAUUUAUUUGAAAUCAAAGUACUUGUUUGCUAAUUCAUUUUUCAUAAUACCUUCCCAAUCAAUAUGUAACUGUUUAGGAACGAUAACCAGUUACAUUAGGUGUGAAUACUUCUUUGUAAUCUGCUGUGUCCACUGCCUUUUACAAAAAAUUGUACAUAUGAAAUUAUGUAAUGAACACAUUUUAAAUCCCUAUAAAGUUUUUAAAGAAAAUUGUUUAUUGUAAAAUGUUAUGUACAUUUUCACUUAAUUAAGUAAACACAUUUUAAAGUAUGA